ACAUAAUCAAUCUCAGCGAAGCAGCGUCCAGUCGCUGUUCAAGGUCCCUUUACUUUUUAAGGACAACACCGGGGCUGACGACGAUGUGGGCGAAUCGAGAGCCUUGGACAGCAUCUCUGAGGGGCCCUCCUUUCAGAGACCGAUGAUCUCGACAAGGAUCGAGCCUUCUAGGGAAGGCAGCAAGGAGGGGGCCGGCAAAAAGCUGAAUAACAUGCUGAAAAAAACUAGUAGAAAUGACAGUACAGAUUCAGAUGUACAGGAAGUACCAGCUUUGGUUCCAUUUGGAGAUGUGGUUGGCUGCCUAGCUGUUCAUAUAAAGAAAUGCAGACAUUUUUCACCCAGGAUCAACUUACAGUAUUAUACAAAUUUGUUUAUUCGCAUCACUGUUAACAGGGUCAUGAAAUGUACUAAAUCUCAUUGCUUGAAUUAUAAAAACAACGAAAAGAGACCCGAAAUUAAAUUUGAAGAAGUGAAAUAUUUCUCUGUACAGGUUCCAAGACGCCAUGAUGAUGAAAGAAAUAUGCUUCAUUUGGAGCUAAUGGAAUUUGAUGAUUUGGAAGCAUACCCUGUACUGUUGGGAAGUUUUAGCUUACAUCUUUAUGAAAUCAUUCAGAAAGGAUGCUUCACGGAAGAAUUUUUUAUGAAGAUCAGGAACCUGGUUGUCUGCAGGGUUGAAGUGGAAUUUAUGUUUUCCUAUGGAAACUUUGGUUAUGGCUUUUCACAUCAGUUAAAACCACUUCAAAAAUUGAUUCAGCCAUCCAUGUUUAUGAAUGUUCCCCCACCUGUAGAAAGAACAGACCCUCUAACAAAUGUCAUCACACCGCAACUAAUAGAAUAUCCAGCAUUCUUAUCCCCAGACUUAAAUGUUACUCUUGGGAAUCAACAAAAACAGACUCAUUUAUCAUCUCCAGUACGACUUGAAAAACUUCAACAACAACCACGAGACAGGCUUGACAGAAUGAAGAAAGAAUACAGAAAUUUGAAAACAUGGGAAGAAAAAUCUAAUUAUUUAGAUCAAAUUCUUCGCAUGAAAAUAGAACCAAAAGAAUUUGAGGACUCUAAGGAUACUGAUGACAAUGAUGACAUGAUUUUUAAUCGUGCUACUCCAUUUCCAGCAAGUUUCUUUCAGACAUCAGAAUUCUCAUUAAAAAAGCAAGAAGAUAAAACUCUUCCAUCUGAGUUGCCUGUCAAAACACCUGAAGUUAAGAAGAGCCUGCCACUGGUAGAAAAGAGAACAGAGCCUGCAGUUUCACAUUUGUUUAUUCAAGAGGAUGCUAAAACAAAAAAUGGAAGCCUUCCUCCUGAGGAAAGUACCCCUUUACCUCCUGUUUCAUUAAAAGGGAAAAAUACAUUUGUAGAAUCUAUAGAUGGAAGAGAUAAGCCAGUACAUGAAGUGACUGAACCUGAAGGAGACACGUCAGAAAAACCGUUCACAGGCUCACCUUCAUCAGAAGUAAAGCUAAGGCAGAGUCGUAUGAGCCUAGAGAAAAUUGAACUAUUGCAAUCAGAAACAAGGUUGAAAAGUAUCAUUUUAAGCCCAGAUAGAAAAAAGAAGAGCACAGAUGAAGGUGGAUUAGAAUCAAAAAGGCAAAGUUUUAAACAAGAAAGCAGAAAAAGCUUAGGAUUCAAAGAGCUCCAGGAUCUAAAAGAUAUUGAUGCAGCCUCAAAGAUGACUCUUCCUCGACAUGUUUCUUUCAAUAUUUCAAAUGAAACUCAAGUAUUGCCCUCAAAUACAGUUCGGCUUAACAGGGGUGGAACUGACGAAAAUAUUAGCUUCAUUGAAGAAGAUAAGAGCAAGGAUAAGGAAACAGUAAGUGAGAAGAGUGAAGAUGAAGCAAAAGAGGUUGUUAUUAAGAAUACAUAUGUAGAGGACAACCCUUUUAGACAAGCACGUCCUGAAGGCAUGCCACCAUUUCAAGGGGACUCUUCAGAAAAUAAAAAGGAAGAAUUACAUUUGACCUCAUUUAAGCAUCUUGAAAAGGCAAAAGCCAGAGCAAGGUUUGAUUUGGGAAGAAGCCCCGAUGAUAAACAAUACUGUAAAAACUUUACAAGACCAAAUACUGCUCCAGAGUUUAACAAACGAUUGAAAGAAAGCUUGGGGAAAUUUGCAAAUCCACGGUUGGUUUCAGCAGGCUUAUUUCAAGUUCCAAACGUAGGUCUAGAGGAAUAUAAUCAGAAAAAAGAUCUAAAAGAUCUUGAAAAAUGUUCAAUCAUUUGCGAUAUUCUGCAGUUGUUAAACAGUUCAUAUGUGAAACGCAAGUAUGAGGAUGAUUAAGUACAUCCCGAAUCUCCUACUAAUGAAAUAUGUUUAGGCCAGUCCUCUUAUUUAGCAGCUCACUACAAAAUUUCAUCUUGUUAGAGUCAUUGUUUUCACUGAAAUACAAAAUAAACAUUUAUGAUGCAUA